AUGACUCUAGGAGAACAAAUUGUUCGUUUAUUGGCAAAUAGAAAUGGGCAGCAAGAAGGGUCCACCUCUUUACGUGACCAAAUUCAGAAGGCAAUAAACAAUUCUAUGGCAAACGCAAAUCCUUUUGAAUUUGGCCCUCAUACAGAACAGCAAUGGAAAUCUAGAUUGACUGCCACAGAAAGGGCACUCGGUCCUUACAUCGAGUUAUUAUUACCUGAACUUCGUGAACGAAUAAUGGAGUCAGGCGGAAAUGGUGGAGCAAUGGGGGAUGAAAGAGAGUUGAUAAUUGACGAAUUACAUCGUUUUAGGCAUUUCCUUGCUCGAAAACCAGUUAAAGAUAAACUACAGGUGAUUUGGGAUUACAAAAAUGGCCUUGAAAGAUCUCCCUUCAUCUCUAGAUUCCAUUAA